AUGUUAAAAAUGGCAAAAAAGCACAACAUGUGCUUCGCCCUGAUUAAACUUUCACAAACCCAUAAACAACAGCUCCCAGCCUGGCUUCACUGUGGCGCACUACUGCGAACCUAUCAUAAGUUAAAAGACGCAUGCCUAAAACAAAUCCAUGAAGUAAAGUCAAUCAAAGACCUUCUAAAAGUAAGCAAUAGACCAACUACAGUUCCACACCACUGGGAAAGUCAUGACUGCAUAUGUGGCCUAUGCGUAUCGGACAGACUGGCAGGGUGUAAAAACCCGCAUAAAUGUAUAUCCACGGUGGCAGUGAUCAUCAACAACCUAACUCCAAAAUUCAACCCAUUCUACUGUCCAAUCAAUGAUGGACUCACACUCACACACUGCCGCCUGGAAAAGAAUACAAGAGCAAGAACUCAACACAGAGGGGACAUCAUCUUUGAUCCAUCAGUCUCAGAAACAUUGCAACUAGCAGAAUGUUUUAGAAUCUUUGCAGGAGACACAAGGACUGCCCAAGCCCCAGCUCACCGGCUCCAAAGGCCCAACCAAGGACAGGGACAACAAGAGCCACCUAUUGAGAUAUACACUGACAGCUCAUGCAUCAACAAUGGAAAAAACAAUGCACAAUGUGGAAGUGGCAUAUGGUUUGGGGAAAACAACCCCUUGAACAAGGCCAUAAGGAUCACUGGUAAAACACAAUCCAACCAAGCAGGAGAAGUGGCUGCAAUACUGAUCGGUCUAUAG